UACAAACACAGGAGGAUUUAAAUACAGUGAAGGUCACACAACAUACUUAAAUAUAUUCACUGGAGAGUCAAAACAGCUCAGACUUCACAUGUGGCAAGGCAGUAGCAGUGAGUCAGUAAAGGAAACAACCGGAAGAGUGUUGGGUCGAGAUCAAGUAUGAAGAGAUUAAAUCGCGUUUCCCCAAGUGGUCAUGACAACCCAGGUCUGGAGCUCAGGAAUGCAAUGUCCAGCCAGUUAAUGCAGCAACAUACUGGUACCAGUACCUCUGUAAGGUCAACCUCAGUGGUGCGCUCUGUUAGCCAAUGGGCUUCAUAUGCCCGGGGUCGGUGGAAACGUGCUACUCGUAAAUGCACAAAGAGAAAAGCCUCAGGGGAAUCUUCAAGCAACAAGUAUAAGGGCCUUGCCUGGGAGGAAGAUGUUUUAGAUGGAGCUGCCAAAGAGCAUCAAUUAAACAAACGCCUGCUGGAUCACUUCAGAGUGCUGGCUGCCAACAACGAGGACACAGAUGAGGUUGAUCUGCAGUACCUGAACGAAAUCCUUGGAGAUGGCGCUGAUCCCAAUUCAGCAGACAAAUAUGGACAGACAGCACUUCAUGAGAUCUCACGAGCCUGGAAUGUAGAUGUGAUGAGGUUCUUCUUUGAGAGAGGAGCUGAUAUCUGCAGACCUGAUGCAUUUGGGGUUACACCUCUUCACGUGGCUGCAGCCUUGGACUAUGAAGAUAUGAUCCGUUUUCUUCUGGAAAGAGGAGCUGACGUUGAGGCCCAGACAUACAGGGACAUGCAAACACCAUUACACUUUGCUGCUAAGAACGAUGCGACUGAGGCCAUUCAGAUCCUGCUGCAGAGCGGAGCAAACAUUGCUGCACACGACUACAAACAAAGAACUCCACUACAGCUUGCUGCCAACUUGGAUCGCAGUGAAGCCGCACAGACCCUCUUGGAGCUGGGGGCAGAUGCUGGGGUUCAGGAUUCUGAUGGACAGCUGUGUAUCACUGCCAUGAUUGACAAGAUGACGCCUGUGGCCAAUUUGGCACUAAAUCAAUUUCUUGUGAAAGACCGAAUGACACGCCAGCAGUUCUUCUACCUUCACUUGCUGGAACCAGAGCGAACAUGGCAGAAAACAUCGCCAGGGAAAACUAAAAGUGAGCCGACAUCACCGCUCGCGUUUAUAGUGCAUCAAGGGAAACUGGAUCUUAUUAUGCAUCCGGUCAUGUUAAAGCUCAUCACAGUCAAAUGGAACCUGUAUGGCAGACUCGGUGCAUGGAUCCUCCUGCUGCUCAAUUUUUUAUUUAUCGUUUCCUGGACCACAGUGGCCAUAUCGGUGUCUGUGUCUUCAGAUGAGGAAAAACGCUAUGUUUUCCCUAAGGACUGGUGGCGUGUUAUUGUGGUUAUGAUAGCCUUAGGGCUGACUAUGCUGGAGGUGUACAGGGAGGUGAUGGAGAUUCUGCGCUCUGUUAAAAAGCUCAAAUAUUGGCAGCAGUGGUGUGAACAGAGACUCAAUGAGGAUCUUGCCUGCACACACCCCAUGUGGCCAGAGGAACGUCAUUACUUUGAGGGUCAGAUUAAAUUCAUUCACAGCAUCAAGGGAAGCUACAUGCAGGAUCCCUGGAAUAUAUUUGAUUGGCUUGUGUACACAUUGCUGAUAGCAGUUUUGGGUCUUCACAUGGCUGAUGUUUACCUGGUGUCUCAAACACUCAGAAUGUAUAGCCUCCGAAUGUUUGCUGUGGCCGUCAUCGUCCUCUGGCUCAGGUUGAUGAAGCAUGUCAGAGGAUUUAGGGUUAUGGGUCCUUUCAUUGUCAUGCUGGGGAAGAUAGUUGGGGAUGUUCUGCGCUUCCUCUUCUUAUACGCUGAGAUCUAUGUCCCAUAUGCCUGUGCUUUCUGGAUUAUAUUUGGAGGCUCAACAGCUGUACCUAGUAUGAAAACCGUGCCACAGAUGCUCUAUAGCCUGUACCGUAUUACACUAGUGGACGAUUAUGAGUUUGAUGCUAUGGUAGCUGUAGACCCUAUUAUGGCUCACUUGCUCUGUGGUACAUUCCUGGCCCUGUCUGCUGUUCUGUGUGUCAACCUAAUGAUUGCUCUGCUCUCAGACACCUUUCAAAGAGUAUAUGACAAUGCCCUGGCGAACGCAGUGAUGCAACAGGCAUCCAUAAUCCUGCAGGUGGAAGAAUCCAUGCCUCAGCUGUGGCAUUUCUAUGACAAGCAGUAUAUCCACAGAUGCUGUGCCCCACUUGGGGAGUUUUAUGAUGAUGACCUCCUAACAGAUCCAGACCAGCAUGAAAGGAUGAAGAAACUUGCAGCAGAGAUUAAGGAUACUUUGAAUGAAUACCUGAAAAUCCAAAAAGAAGCCAAACUACUCAACCCAGUUCAACCUGAUAAUGAUAACCGAUCUCCCAGGAAUAGUUCCUCAUCUCAACAUGAACCUCUGAGCAGUCUAAUGAGGCUGGAAAAGGACCAACAGCAGCAGAUUAAAGAUCUGCAAGACCUAAGGGAAGAUGUAAAAAAGCUCCAGGGAUUACUGCUACAGCUAAUGCAGACAAGAUCUACACCAUGUAAGUGCUGUUGUGGAAACAAGCAAGAAGAAAGUUAAUAGUUGU